UCUGGGCGAGGCCGGAGCACGCGCGCGAUGAGGUCGUCACUAAGUGUUGUCGCAGUGUUGAUCAUCAGUUCUUCUAUUCCCCUCGUUGCUCAAGAGAUUCUCCGUGCUCCUGAGAGUACAACUGUCUUUUUAAACCAACCGGCAGUUUUUACAUGUGAGACAAGAGGUGGUAUCACUCUGUGGAGAGUCAAUGGAACACAGCGAGAGCUCCUUUUGCCUGAAAUACGUAGUGACCUGGUUAUCUCAGAAGUGAGUUCUGAAGGUGUUGUGAUGCAGACUCUGACCAUCCCAGCCAGAGCCCAGUACAAUGGAACUAGAGUUCAGUGUCUGUCUAUAACAUUUGGUGGCCCCUUUGUGGAGAGUGACAAUGCCACAUUGACCAUUCAAGGU